AUGUCCAUUGAAGAAAAGCCCCGCUCCGGACGACCCACAUCCUCACGCAUGCAGGAAAAGAUCCCCGAGGUGGAAGCCGUGGUCUUGGCUGACAGCACAUUGAAGAGGAUGCUGCUGGGCAGAGUCAUCACGGCGGAUGAGACCUGGUGUCACGCCUACGAUCCCAAGACGAAGCAGCAGUUGAGCCAGUGGCGACACCCGGACUCCCCUCGGCCGAAAAAAGCGCGCCAGUCCCGUUCUGUAUCUGCUGUAACUGUGUUUGGAAACCUUCUGAUAAUAAUCUCCGUUAUUUAUUUCCAACAGCUGCACACUCCCACUAACUUCCUCAUCCUUUCUCUGGCUGUGGCCGACCUGCUUGUUGGUUUUGUGGUGUUUCCUCUCAAUAUGGAAUUCUCUCCAACUGCAUGUUUUAAAUACUAUGUGUUUUGCAGAUUACGGGAUGGCUUUGAUGUAACACUGAGCACAUCCUCUGCCCUACACUUGUGUUUUAUUUCCAUUGACAGGUACUAUGCAGUGUGCCAGCCUCUGACAUACAGAACUAAAAUUAAUGUUCAUGUGGUUGUGAUCAUGAUUGUUGUGGCCUGGAGCACCCCAGUUUUCCUUGCAGUUAGUUACAUUGUUUCAAAAAUGAUUUAUGAGAAAUGCCCAGAAAACUGUUUAAUUGGUUUUCUGCUGACAGCUGGUUUGGGAACUUUCUCUUUUUAUUACCUCCCUGUGUUAGUAAUGGUGUGUAUCUACAUGAAGAUUUUCUUGGUGGCUCGGAAACAGGCACGCAGCAUCCAGAACACCAACUGUCACAGCAAAAAGAAAGGACUGACAGUCAGAAAUGUGGAAGGAAAGGCCACAAGAACUUUGGCAAUUGUAAUGGGAGUCUUUCUGAUAUGUUGGGCUCCUGUUUCUCUGAGUUUUGCCCUUCAGUUAUUGGGAAUUCCCUCAAUUUCUGCUGAAGUGUUUGAAACUGUAAUCUGGCUUGCAUUGUUUAACUCCAUGCUCAAUCCGUUCAUCUAUGCUUUCUUUUACAGCUGGUUCAGAUCAGCUUUCAGACUCAUCCUAUCUGGAAAAAUAUUUCAAGGGGAUUUUUCUCACACAAAGUUGGUUUGA